AUGUAUAGAGUUCGGAUACCUUUCAAAAUCAUAGCCAGACACAAUUCGAGUCUAGUGGACUUCUAUAAACUAUUUCCCAAAACAUUCCCGAAAGGGUCGCCACCCAAUUCUCCUUUCUCCGUGGACCUGAAGCAGCUUCGGAAAGAGUUCCGCUUGCUUCAAAGCACCAACCAUCCGGACCUCAAUCGGAUUAAGGACGAGACGGCAGGCGAUCUGUCGUCGCUUCUGAACAACGCAUACACAGUGCUGUCGAGCCCCUUGAAACGGUCGCAGUAUUUACUGAAGAAAAACGCCAAUAUUGACCUAAACGACGAUGCGGUGAACAAAAAGUUCCAGUUCCAGGAUCAGUCUGUUUUGAUGGAAAUAUUGAACGUUCAUGAGGAUCUAGAAGAUAUACAAAGUGAGCAGGAGCUAGCAAAGCUGGAACAAGAGAAUGAUGAGAGAAUUGAGAAAAGCAUUGCAAAACUCGAGGAGCUCUACAAAACGGAGGACUAUGAGGCGAUCGCCCUUGAAACAGUGAAGCUGAAAUUCUGGGAAAAUAUCAAAAAUGCACUGAAAGAGUGGGAGGCGGGCAAGCCGGUGAAUUUGACUCACUGAGAGACAAUCUUGUGUUACACGACAUAGCUUCCGUUUUAGUUCUGGCACAUAAGUUUGAAGUGUUUGAUGGUUUUGCGGAGCCGGAAGAAAUAGGGGGACUGCGUACGAAAGCGCCAGUUUGCUCAAUGCGAUGCGGGACAGAUUUGGGACUUCUUGUCUACCGGAGUAUCACACGCAGUAUGUAAAGGUUUCGGGAGCUUCAAGUGCAUAGCUAAGCUACACUGGUCUUUUAUGUAUGAUACACAGCC